AUGGAGCCAUUAACAACGGCUGGCGGCAUCAUUGGGGUGGCCUGGGAUGUCUUUGACAAUGCCAUGCGUCUCUUCAAGUUCUUCAGCGCCUUGGUCGACAUGCCCAAGGAGUGCGAAAAAUAUCGGUUGCAGCUCAUCAUCGAGUACAACCGCGUCUUGGCCUGGGGAAAGGCUGCCGGUUUUGUCCACGUUCCUGAGGGCGGCUCGCUCGCCGUCACGCUAGGGACCAACGCAACCGAGUUGGUUGGCAUCGUGUCCCGGAUCCAGUGGCUUCUCGCCGAGUUCAGAGAGCUCAACUCGCGGUACGGGAACGAGCUCAACCCAGAAGCAUCCUCGGCCAGCACUAGCAGCAAAAAGGCAACCGCUUCUGUAUCACCGACGGACGUCGACGUCGACGUGGUCAAGCAGGUGUCCAGUCUGGCCGUGUCAUACGAGGCCGAGAAAAAGGCACGAAGGCACCGGCGUGGCACCAACCACAUCCGCGACUUCCUCGGCAAAGCGGGGAGGAACACCAAGGAGAUUGUCACACACCCAGCGCGCGUGCGGUGGGUGGCUGUAGACAAGGAAGAGUUUGAGACUCUGCUGCGCGACCUGCACGUGCUGACAGAACGCCUCCACGAGCUGAUGCGUGACUAUCGGGGGCGCCGCAUCGACGACAUCACGGCCAAGACGUACCGCGAGAUGAUCCUGGCACGCAAUGACAUCCAGGGCCUAAAAGACAUGUUCGACGCCGUCACUAGCCUCAUCAACACCUCGUCAAGCACCCGCCGCGAGCGCUACGCCCACCACAACGACAGGAAUCUCCAGGAUCUAGUGCAGCUGAAGAAGAUUAGCCGCACCUCAGAUGCUAUCCUCUCGCGGCUCAAGGCUCGAGAGAGCAAUGGCGGAGGUGACGGCACCAGCGGCGAUAACAGCAGUGACGACGUGCAGGCGAGUCUAGAAGACGAGGCAGGCAUCACAGUCCGCAAAUACACAGAAGAGCAGCUCGCCGAAGAUCUAGAUUGGAAUGAGCCCCCUGACCUGCGCCCCGAGACUCUAGCGCGGCCGCACGGGAUUCUGAACACGCACGGCCGUCAGGGCAACAUCCCCGUCUGGAUCGAGUGGAAAGCCCUUGGCGACUUUGCUCCGGGCUCCGCCAAGGACCAAGAGGCGGCCCUACGGACUGUGGCGCUGGCCGAGAUGCUGCAUUUGCCCAAGCCCGAGACGCUGCACGCGCCAGAAUGCGUUGGCUACUUUGACGACCGCGAGGUGUCGGGUGCUGAGCGCUACGGCUGGAUCUUCAAGAUGCCCGAAGGCUGCGACUACGAGUCGCGCGUCGUCUCCCUCUAUGAUUUUCUCCUCCUGGCCGAGGAGGGCGACGACCGGUUCAAACCGACGCUGGCGCAACGUGUCGCCAUGGCCAGGGCCCUCUGUUCGACCCUGCUGAACCUCCACGCGGUCAACUGGCUGCACAAGGGCAUAUUUAGCGACAACAUCGUCUUUCACUUCCAUGAAGAAACAGAUGUCGACGACGAAGACAACGCCGACGGCAGCUCUUUCGACCCCGAGAAGCCGGUGCUCUCGGGCUUCGAGUUCUCCCGCCCAGACGGCGGGCAGACGACGCACCGCGAUGCCGACACAGUGUGGGACCUCUACCGCUGGCCCAGCAUCCAGCGCCAGCCGCCGACGGAACGCAACUCGCGCAAGACGUACGACCUCUACAGCUUGGGGCUGGUGCUGCUCGAAAUUGCGCACUGGCGGCCGCUGCACCGCAUUCUGAACCUAGGCGGCACCAGCCACAACAGCACCAGCAACGGAGAAAACAAGGAGAAGAAAAGGAGGAGAGGCGGAAGAACUCCUCUGGCAGUCCCCCUCGAGCAAUCCAAACUCGUGCGCGACUGGCUCCUCGGCUUGCCGACACCUCCACAGCACCCCGCGCCGUUCCUUAACACGGCAGCCCCGAGCAACCCGCUCGCGGAGCUGCGCCACCUCGUCGGCGACCGCUACUGCAGCGCCGUGACGCGCUGCCUCUGGGCGCACGGCGCCAGCGGCUUUGGCGUCGACGAGCUGGCCGAGCAGUCCAACGACUCGCGCGUCGGCAUCGAGCUGCAGCAGGCCUUUACCGAGUUCGUCGUCGAGGAGCUGGCGUCUAUCCAGCUUUGA